AUGCGGGUGGAACCCAUCGACAGCACCAUAUCUCAAGUUGAAGAAUACAUAAAACUGCUGAUCGAUCAAUGGUUACAGGAGAAGCGCGAGAUUAAGGCCAUUGUUAUUGUCAUGAUUGGUAAAGGAUGGCAUUGGGCGGCGGAAUUAAAGCCGCUACUCGAAAGGUACGAGAGAAUUGACGUUGAGGGAAUGCAUCAGCCAUUUUAUCGCAUUCAGCGGAGAAAUGGAGAUAUGAUGGCCCUCCAAACUUCCGAUUAUGAGUUGUCAAUGCGAACUUCCUCAUACUAUCUCCCGUCUCCGUACUCUCAGAAGUUCAGGGAGGCGUUGCGCAUCAGCCCGAAC